AUGCCUUCACGCUCCGCUCUCCGCCAUGUUGGCCCUGGAAAUGUUGCUAUCGACACUUGCCCCGUACCCAAGCCUGGGCCAGGCGAGGUGUUGAUCAAGGUUGCGGCAGUGGCCCUGAAUCCAAUAGACUGGAAAAUGAUGUACCGCCAGGCGCUUGCAGAACCAACCAUCCUGGGAUGCGACUUUGCAGGGGUUGUUGAAUGUCUUGGGGAUCACGUCGAUAGGCUUCAAGUCGGAGAUCGAGUGGCGGGAAUGAUACAAGGUGGGAACACCUUGAGGCCUGAUGAUGGCGCAUUCACGGACUAUCUGGUCGCGCAAGCCCAUAUCUUAGUGCAUCUCCCUCCGAACAUCUCGUGUGAGCUGGGUUCGACGUUGCCCACAGCACUCUUUACUGCUGGUUUUUGCCUAUACAGGCACCUCUCCUUCCCAUAUCCAAAACAGACUGAGGAGCCACAGCCGGUGCAACCAGUAUUGCUCAUCUAUGGUGGCGCUACAGCCAUUGGGUCGAUGCAGAUCCAGUUGGCCAAGUUGUCCGGUCUCCAUGUCAUAUCAACAAGCUCUCCAGAUAGUUUUGACUUUGUUAAACGAUGCGGCGCAGAUGCAGUUUUCGACUAUCGGGAUCCUCUUUGUGCACAACAUAUCAUUGAGGCUUCUGGUAGUAGACGGCUUGCUGUUGUUGAUUGCAUUUCUAACGAUGCUUCAUCAGCUAUCUGUGCCGCUGCCAUGAAACUGACAGGUGGGAUUUACAUAGCGUGCACGAGAUCAUGCCCAGAUAUAGAUAACAUAAGGGUCAAGACGAUCCGCAUUGUUGCUUUCACUGUAUUGGGUAGACCAUUUUCUCUCGAUGCUCAAGCCCCAGUCUUCCCCGUUGUUUCAGAGGAUGUUGAGUUUGCAUCAGACUUUGUUUCACGGGCUGAGAAGCUACUGAGAGAACAUAAGAUCCAACCUAUCCAGGCAAGCAUCAGGGAUGGAGGGCUCACAGCUAUUGCGAAGGGUUUGGUCGAUUUGAAGCUGGGAAAGACUUCAGCUACUCGAAAUCUGCAAUAA